UUUUCUUGAUCCAAUGUAACGUUAUUUACAGCAUUGUUACGUCGGGUCUAUCGUGAAUAUCAUUUGCAUGAAGUACUGAAUGGUCGGACACAAUUGGGCGAUCAUAAUACGAAACCAAAAUUGAGGAUUAAGAUGGAAUAUGGUUUGAUCAUCUCUUUAGUGUCAUACAUUUGACUCUUUAGUCAACGUGCUUCAAUGUAAUAUGGCUUAGAUUUAAUUAAGUAGGCUAGGCUAUUUUGCCAACGAAUCAUUGGUUUAACUGAGCGGGAGGAUACAAUGUUGCUAUAUUGUCGAUCGUGAGAACAUAUGUUGCACUGACUUUAGCUGGACUGUAGCCCAUUGUCAUUGAGACUGAGCUCCUAGUCUAAAGCGCCCCGGAAUCAGCCUCUACAAUGCCUGGCCGCCGCAGUUGUGUGAAUUCGCUCUGGUCUGGCACGGAGCGGGUUCGGAUUGGCGAGCGGCUGAAAGCGACCCUGGCUGGAAUCCUUGAGCUGGAUUUGCUCCGGGGCCAACAUCUGGACAUGAUCGAUGCGGCGCUGGACCUCAAAGACACCAGUAGCACCGGUACCACGGUGACUGUCAUCACCGAUCAACAGGAGGAAAACCUCGAGAGCGCAGUCUCGGAUGGCUCUGCGACAUCCCGCAGGCAACAGGUUCCCUCUCCCCCUUCAGAAACAGUGUUGCCAUGCCACACCAGCACGUUGGACAAGGACCGUGUGGGGAACUCUGGUGGAGAUGGGCUGGUUCAUUCCAGAGGUGAUGGGGUUGGUGGGGAUGACUCACGCUGGUCCACCCUCUCUUGGGAUGCCCCGUCUGACCUGCUCUCCCCCCCGGACCUUGAUGGUGCAGUCCAGGUGGACUAUGACUCCAGGCCCAGCUCAGGCUUUUAUUCGGUCAGUGGCAGCUCCCUAUCAGACUCCUGCUACUCUGUGUCCAGUGAGGCAGUCCUGGCCCAGGGGUGUCCAGUACCAGGUGGGCAAGUCCGGGCCGGACCAGGAGCACCCUCAGGGGGAGCCUUCAGGCUGUGGGAACAACGGCCCCUCUCUGCAGACCACAGUGACAUCCAGUGGCCGGAGGCCACGCAGCAGCCAAGAUCUCAGCGCAUUGAGGAGACCACAGAGAUUAGUGAUAGGAGACCAGUAUCUACGGGUGACCUGGAAAUGAACAGUCUCUUCUUCCUGUCUGACCUGUGCUCCAGCCUGGGUGACCCCCAUCCCGGCUCCCUCCUCCCACUCGCUGACCCCCGACCCCAACUCGACCCCAGGUUCUGUUCUGAUCUGGUGUCCCGGAGGACCAAAGAGGUGUACCAUUACCCCAGCCCCCUCCAUGCCGUGGCCCUCCAGAGCCCCCUCUUCACCUCCAGUCAGGACGCCUCACCCUCCUCUCGCCUCUCCCCGAGUCCGGACUCCUCUGCCCAGGCUGAGGAAUCUCAGUCCACCCCCCUCUUCCGGCCCCCCCAGCCUCCUCACCCCUCCACCUUCACCCAGCUGGAGCAGUACAUCACCAGGCUGGCUCGUCAGUACCGCAGCCGGGUUUCCCCCUCUGACACCACCCCUACUGCCACCCCUGGGCCAGGUUGCCACAGGGGGCCCAGAACCCCUGGCCACGGCUCCACUCAGUCGCUAUUGGCCUUCGAGAGCCGCAGUACCCCUCCAACCUGA